AUGAAGCCCGCCGAGAAGCACUUUCGUUGUACUGUUUGCCAACGAGGAUUCACGCGCAUCGACCACCUCAAACGACACCAUCUGCGCCACUCGGGCCAGAAGCCCUACUCGUGUGUCUUCUGCAAUGAAGCCUUUGCGCGCUGCGAUAAUCUCCGCGACCACUACACCGAUUGCGCCAAGCGCGGAGAUCGGAAGAUUCCCGAAACGGGCCAAAGGGGUAGACGGCGUCAUGCGUGCCAAUCGUGUAUGUCUAUGAAACUACGUUGCGACGGCCAGAGCCCUUGCGGAUCGUGUCAAAAGAGAAACCUCGAGUGCAACAACGAGCAGCCGGAGCCGUCGAAACAGCCAGAGCUGGACUAUAGCGAACCCUCCGUGAAAUCCGAGUUACCGGGACAGCCAUCAGACCGUGGAUCGAUUAAAUUCCUACUCAAUGCCGGCUACGACAGUUUCACCGAAGGCUUCCGACUGCCCCCUCGGAGUGACCGGCCACGGGGUGCAUUAUUCGACAGCAACCAAAAUGAAUUAGAGGAGAGUGAGAACAGCAUGUUCCCGUAUAACAUGGAGAGCGGCCGAUCAGACUAUACCCCAGCUAUGCUGGAUUCGGACCCUACGACACUUCAUUUCUACCAGGAUACAUUUCUGGACUUUUUCAAUGGGCCCUUUGGAGAUGCUCAUAAAAUGCAAGGAGACCCGUAUUCCGGAGUGGUCUACCAGGCUAUGGGACAAGAUCCUAGCCUGGCACUAUCCGCAGAAAAUGCCAUGUUCGAGCCGGAACGACCCUUUGCAACGGCGCUUAUCCAGUCGAUACUAGCACGAGCAUGGACGCUCCCGCUGGAUACCAAAGCCCAAGAAGAAAUUUCCACAAGCCUCAACUUCUUGCUCACCACUGCUCGCAUUCGGAAAUUCGUGGCACUGUAUUUUAAAUACUGGCAUCCGAGUUGCAAGAUGAUACAUGGUCCAUCAUUUGACCCGGAGACGGCCACCUUGCCACUGCUGGCUUCGGUCGUUUUUAUGGGAGCCAUGUACGCUACCGACCAGAGAGAGGCCUAUGUUGCCAAAAGGGUGCUGGACUUUGCAGAACUCUUUAUUUUCUCCUGUGAUGUUUACUCUUCGGAAAACGACAUUGUAACUGUUUUCGCUGGCAACCGAUGUUUCGAAAAUGAGUCGCACGACUGGGUCAAGUUCCAGAAUUUCCAAGCUGGAUUUCUUAUUACCAUAGUCCAGUACUGGGCGGGCAGUAAGGUUUCCCGCAGUCGGGCGAUGGAGAACCGGUUCAGUGAAGUUGUUAAGGUUACUCGGCGUCUACAGCUUUUGCAGUGUCGCCAUACUCCCCGCGAUCGAGUCUUGGAAAGCCUGUGGAUCCAGACAGAGUGUCGCAUUCGCUGUAUCAAUAUUGUGAUUUCACUGGAUUGCGCCUUCUUCUUCUACCAGAAUUAUCCCUGUCGCUUCACUCAUACGGAGAUGGAAUGCGACCUACCAUGUUACGACUCGCUAUUUCGUUCUGAACACCCAUUCAGAGAGCCUAAUUUCCGGUAUACACGCGACCUUACAAUUUCUGAGGCUUUUCAAAACCUGUUUGAAGACGAAACCCGACGCGACUCUCCACCACAUUCACCUGGAAUCAGCCGGAUGGACCUCACUGUGCUGGACAUGUGGUUCUUGAUUCACAUUCUAUACGCAUUCAUCAAUACCCACAUGACCUUGUUAGGGCCACGUAUUCGUCGCCGCAAACCCGAACAAAAUGGAAAAUAUGGAGCCUUGGGUACAAAUCAGAUCAGCUCCAUACCAGACGAUUCGGUCCUCAAAGCCAUUCGGACAGCAUUAUCCCAGUGGCACAAUCACUGGGAGGCAUUACGCAACCAACUCUCAGGCGAAGAAUGGGCUUCAAUGGGGUUCUAUAAGAAUGGAUACAAUUUCUGGCUUGUUUCACAGCUGCUGAUCACCAAGAAAGAUGCAGUUGAUGUGGUCAUGAACAUGGAGGUCAAUUGUGAAGAUAAACUGCAGAAGUUGAAGGUGCUACUGCGCGAUGAGAAGGAAUAG